AAUCCGGCUGUAUAAAUUUACACUGAAUCCAAACGUGACCUUAGAUUUCAACCAAAAAAGACCAUGCCCCCUUAAAUUUCAAAGGAAAGACAAUUAAUUGGAUAAAUUUAUUCCUGGGUGCUUUGCCCCUCCCACGUUUAUUUAUUCAUCGAGCAAAUACCAAGCUUCAUUACUUCUUGUAGAAUCAGGGUCACAAAGCACAGAGCUUUCCUGCGCCAGCGAUGGAUCCAUCCACCAAAUUGCGGUACGACUCGCCGCUCCUCCGCAUCUACGAAGACGGCCGAGUGGAGCGUCUCUUCGGCACAGAAACCACCCCGCCGGGCUUCGAUGCUGCCACCGGCGUCACCUCCAAGGACGUCGUCAUCGACGGCGCCACCGGUGUCUUCGCCCGCCUCUACGUCCCCGACCUCGCCGCCGCCGGCUCCGAUUCCCAGCGCAAGAAGCUCCCGAUCCUCGUAUACUUCCACGGCGGGGGCCUGGUCCUCGCCUCAGCCGCCUCUCCGACGUACCACAGGUACCUCAACUCCGUCGCCUCCAAAGCCAACGUCCUGGCAGUGUCGGUCAACUACCGCCUCGCGCCAGAGCACCCGAUUCCCGCAGCCUACGACGAUUCCUGGGCAGCGCUCAGCUGGGCCGCGUCGAGGGAUGACCCCUGGCUCUCGGAGCACGGCGACGCCGGCCGCAUCUUCCUGGCCGGCGACAGUGGAGGCGCGAACAUCGUCCACAACAUAGCAAUCAUGGCCGGCACCCGGGAUGGUUUACGUUUACCCCCAGGUGCUCUGCUAGAGGGGGCGAUCAUAUUCCAUCCUAUGUUUGGUGGGAAGGAGCCAGUCGACGGCGAGGUCAUCCACAUGAGAGAGAGUGCGGAGAAGCUUUGGUCCAUACUAUGCCCGGAAAGCACAGAAGGGGUGGAUGACCCAUGGUUCAACCCGAUGGCUCCUGGAGCGCCGAGCCUGCAGAAGCUGGCAUGCCGGAGGCUGCUCGUCUGCUCCGCCGACGGAGACUUCGCGCUGCCGAGGGCCGCGGCGUACUACCAGGCAGUGAAGGCGAGCGGGUGGCGCGGCACGGUGGAGUGGCUGGAGUCCAAGGGAGGAGACCACGUGUUCUUCCUCAACAAGCCGGAGUGUGACGAGGCUCUGCAACUGAUGGAUCGGGUGGCCGCCUUCCUCGCCGGGAAUUGA